AUGCCUCGCCAGUUUACCCAACAGCGCGGUCCGCGCGACGAGGUGUCGAAGAAAAAACCCGCGCAGAAGAGAAAAUCCGGCAAAAUCCUCAACGCGCUUUCGAUCGCAGAAGCCGAAAAUCCUACGAGGGCCAAAAUUCGACGGAACCGGCUUGGAGACGAUGAUGAUUACUUCAAGCGCAAGCGGGACACCGAUCGAGACGAGGACGAUUCACACGGUCCUGGUAACAAGCGUCGCCGCACUGGCGAUGACGAGGAUUCCGAAAUAGACUCGAACGAGGGGAGUGAUGGUGAAGGCCACAAAUGGAAGAUUGGCGUCGACAGUGAUAAUGACAGUGAGCUGGAUAGUGAUGAAGCUAUGGGUUCCAGCGACGAGGAGAGGUUUGAGGGCUUCACUUUCCGCGGAAGUUCGACGUUCCAGGGAAAGUCAAAGGCAAAGAAAAAACAAAAGCCGAGGCAUGAGCGGGAGAUUAAUCUCUCAGAGGGAGAAGAGUCUGAUGCGGAUGAAGAUAUGGAAGAUGAUGACAGUCUUGGUGAGGAUGCCAUUGACUUGGUUGCUGCGUGGGAUAUGAAUGCCGCUGAGGAAGAGGCCGAAGCUAAGAAGGCGGCCAAAUCCAAGAAGCAGGACGAGAGUGAGGGGUCUGAUGAGGAGGCCUCCGAAAGCGAAGACGAAAGUGAGUCAGAUGACGAAGACGGAUCCGAACUUUCAUUGUCCGACGACGAUCUUGAAGACGAAGAUGGCCUCUCAAAACUUCAAAGCUUUGUGGAUUCCAUGAGAGCGGAAAAUGCUAAGCCAGCAAAGAAAACAAAAAGCGGCGAAGAGCAUCUCAACCCGUCCGAGUUUGGAUUGCCAUCUACACGAAAACUAACAGUCGCCGACCUCCUUCCGUCGGUCACUGAUUCUCGGCUUAAGAACUCACUCAAACAUGUCGACUCCGCAAUAUCCGAACAGAAGACUUCAUCAGGCAUUCCAGGGAAGCUGGAUGCUCCUCUUGCCAAGCGCCAACAGGACCGUCUCGAACGUGAAGCCGCGUAUGAGAAGAGCAAAGAGACUCUUAGCCGCUGGAUUGAGACGGUCAAGGCCAACCGCAGGGCUGAGCACCUGAUGUUCCCACUGCCUGAUCCAGAUGCGCAAGUUGUGCACCGCAUGGGCGUCAUCAAACCGCAAACCAGCCUUGAGAACACAAUCCAAGAUAUCCUCGUGGAGAGUGGACUUGCUGAUAAGCAAGGAAAGUCUGCCGAAGACCAAGUGCAGGAAUUCGAAGAGCUGCAGGCGCGGAAAAUACCGAUCGAAGAAAUCCGAGCCCGUCGUGCCGAGUUGCGCAAGCACCGCGACCUCAUGUUCAGAGAGGAAGUCCGAGCUAAGCGGAUCAAGAAGAUCAAGAGCAAGUCCUACCGCCGUGUCCAUCGCAAGGAGCAAGAGCGCAUGGAGGAGAAGGAGCGUCAAGCUCUGCUUGAUGCCGGCAUCGACCUGGAUGAGCAGGACCGGGAGAAGAAUGAGCGACUACGAGCCGAGGCACGAAUGGGCAACAAGCACAAGGAAAGCAAGUGGGCAAAGAGCCUGAAACAGACUGGCCGAACUGCCUGGGAUGAAGAUGCCCGACAUGGUGCUCUUGAGUUAGCCCAGCGGGAGGAAGAAUUACGGCAACGCAUCGAAGGCAAGCGUGUGACUAGAGGUGAUGACGACUACCUGGGAUCCAGCUCUGAAUCUGAGUCGGAAGAUGAGAAUCCUUGGGAAGAACAGGACUCUGAUUCAGAAAAGCGCAAGCUGCUGAAGAAGCUCAACAAAAUCGAAGGCGACGAAGCUGUGGAUGAGGAAUUCAAAGGCCCGCAUGCUAAGCUACUGUCCAUGAAAUUUAUGCAGAAUGCAGAGGCUGCUCGUAAGGCCGCGAAUGAUGCCGAAAUCCGUCGCCUGAACCGUGAGCUACAAGGCCAGGAUUCUCAGUCCGAAGCAGAAUCGGAAGAGGGACGUCGCAAGUUCGGCGUCACGGACAAGAAGGCCGAUAAGGGCAAGAAGCAAGUCAACGGCAAUGAGUUCGAGGAAGCACCAGGGUCAGAUGAGGAGCCAGAACGUGAUGAUGAACAGGAGACGAAGGCUGCCACUACCGGAACCAAGACAACCUCAAAAGCAAACGACAAGCCCCGCGCUCCACCGAAGCCUGAACCCGUCCCCCAGGAGUCGGACGCCGAAGAAGAAAACCCCUGGCUCAUGCCAACAGCAGAAGAGAAGCGCCGAUCCAAGGACGACGAUGUGCAGCCAACCAUCGACAUCACGCCGGACGCAAAGCCCCCAAAACCUGCGAAGUCCUCGAAGAAGACGGCAGAUCCGAAAAUAAAAGAAACUCCAGCCCCGAAACAAAGCACCACCCAAGACUACGAUACCAGCGACGAUGAAGCUAAGGUCCCGGUUCUCUUGAAAAACCAUGACCUUGUGAAACGCGCAUUCGCCGGCGAUGAGGUCGUUCAAGAGUUCGAGCAGGAGAAACUUGACACUAUCGAGGACGAGGGCGACAAGGUCAUCGACGAGACACUCCCUGGCUGGGGCAGCUGGACUGGAGACGGCAUUAGCAGGAAGGAAAGGAAGCGGCAGAAGCGCGUUUUGACAAAGGUUGAGGGAGUGAAGCCCGAAAAUCGGAAGGAUGCGAAACUUUCUCGUGUUAUCAUCAACGAAAAGCGUAUUAAGAAGAACAACAAGUACCUUGCGACGCAACUGCCUCACCCGUUCGAGUCGAAGCAGCAGUACGAGAGGUCGCUUCGUGUCCCGAUUGGUCCCGAGUGGUCUACAAAGGAGACUUUCCAGUCUUCUACCAAGCCCCGUGUUAUGAUCAAACAGGGCGUCAUCAAGCCGAUGGAGAAGCCGAUGGUUUAGAUACUGGCCGGGCCUUGACCUUGAAGUUCAGAACACUAGUCUUGACCGCGGAGUAUAUAGGGUUAGACAAUAUAUACCUGGAUACCCAUUCA